AUACAUCAACACAGCAGGUUACAGCCACCUAGAAAAAUACAAAAAUACCCUUUAAACCCUAAGCUGAAACCUUAACCCCUUUCUUCCUUUCUCCCCUAACGGUAGUCACAAACGAUAGCGAAAAUGGCUUGGCGCGGUGCUGGAUCUCUCUCUCGCUCUGUCAUGUCUGCCGCGAGGUCUCCGCUGCUCCGUUCUCCACCUCCGGUGCCCCGCAUCCGACCAUCGCCUUCCGCAGUCCCCCGCCGGCAGUCCCGUCGACUAUCCUUUGCGCCUUCCAGGAAUUUGGGAGAACUGGGAUGUGUGCAAUCAUUCUUGCCUCUGCAAAGUGUGGUGCCCACGGCCCGUCUCACAUCCCACCUGACAGUCAACGUGCGUGCUUUUUGUGAGCUGUCUAAUGGGAGGGAUGGAAAAGAUGGGUGAUGCACGUGGACUUUCAAUCAGCUAAAGGGAAGAGAACGAUGCUACAUUGUACUUGAAAGGCCAUUGGAUCAACAGAGCUGAAUGAACUACAUAUUGAGACGGUGGGAGUGUAGGUUUGCCCUGCAGGAGUUAAUGGGUUCUGAAUAGGAAUGUUGAAUAAAACAUGUCGUCUUUUAUGCUACUUUCAAGAACAAAAAUUGGCAUUUUCUUCUAUGGUGUUUCUAUAGACACCUUCAUUUUAAUACUCCAAAUGAUCCUUUGUUUUAGGUUUUUGGUCAGUUUCUAUCAUGUUAAAUUAAUUUUAAACACAUUC